AAAAUAGAAUAUUACACACAACGGUAAAAAAAGCUUUACCUGUUCGUGGAAUUAACCCACUCGCUCGACGCUCCUUCGUCGCUCGAGAAUCAACAUUUUCCACUCACAGGUCAACAUGUCAAAAUUGUCAAGCAAAAGCGGAGAAUCAACUAAUGAUGUGUCAUUCCAGUCCAAAUAAUUUAGAAAAUCAUCUGUAAAACAAAUAAUAAUAAAUUAAUCAUCAAAUCGUUUCUGUGUGCUCUCCAGAUUUGGCACGCAGAUAAGAUAUGAACCUAUAACAAAACAUCAACAAUUCUGUGUACCCGGUGUGGAGUGUUUUGCAGCAAGGCCAAAAAAAAAUUAGGUAACAUGUUUUCGAAUGGAAUCACUUGUAAUCUUCCGUUUAGUUGUAUGAGCGUAACUAGAGACUCGGGUUCAGAUGAGCUCCUGCCGGCCAGAAUGGCCAGGGAACCUGUCCUGUUGAAUGUUUACGACAUGUAUAAAAUGAACGAGUACACGUCGAAUAUAGGCUUGGGAGUUUUUCAUUCUGGUGUAGAAAUAUACAAUACCGAGUACGCUUAUGGUGGUCAUCAGUUUCCAUUUACAGGAAUAUUCGAAAUUAACCCUAGAGACGAAAAAGAAUUAGGCGAACAAUUUAGAUUUAGACAAACUAUCCAAAUUGGCUAUACAGAUUUCACCGAGGAAGAUGUUAAAAGAAUCGUAAACGAAUUAGGCAAAGAAUUUCGAGGCGAUAGAUAUCAUUUGAUGAACAACAAUUGUAAUCAUUUUUCAGGGUCAUUUACAAAGAUAUUAUGCGGACAAGACAUACCGUCAUGGGUGAACCGUCUGGCCUAUUUCAGCAGUUGGGUGCCAUUUCUUGAACGUUGCCUACCCAAGGAAUGGUUAACUCCGAUGGCCUUACAGCACUCAUUGAGCUGCAGACAGGAUUCGACUUGUUCGGAAGCGUCCACACCAUAUUAAUGAUAAACUAAUUAAAAUUGCCAAAGAUUUAACAAAAAUAAUACCUACAUAUUGAUGAAGUGUCGGAGGUUUUUUUGAUUUUUCCCUGAAGUAAUGUAACUUCAUUGUUAUGAAUCAUAUAUAUUCUCGAGAAGUUUUAUCAGACACAUUAUUGCACACCAAUGAUCGAAUUUCUGUUAAAAUAUUUAUCAAAAAUAUUAAUGAAAAAUUAAUCGCCCCUCUAAAAUAUGAUUUCAUUGUGCCAAAUACCGAUUAACUUGUCCAUAUUGUUUCAAUGCGAGUAAGUAAAUAAAUAAUAAUUUCUCAAGCAACAUUUGGCACAAGCUGCAUUUCUACUAUAGUUUUAGUUUUUAUUAUAUGUAUUUUGAUUUUAUCAAAACAAUUAUGUAUGUUAUAUGAAUAAACUUUUUUUUACAGUACAUAAGUAAAUUUAUUUUUCUCCGAAUGACAGUAAAAGCGGCCUUUCAAUGACACUUGAUAGGAUCAAAAGUUGUAUUUUUACUGCCUAGGCAUUAAAAGUGACAGUGUCACAACGUUCCAGGUAAUAAUUUCACUCAAUUUGGUAUUUGAAAUUGAUGGUGACAAUGACAAUUGUCAAAAUAAUUUAUUUAUUUGGAUAAUAAUAAUAAUGGAUGAAAUAAAUAUAAAAAAGAUGUCCAUGUGUAAAUUUGAACAUUCGGAGAAAAAAUUAUAUGUUUUACAUGGCAGAAAAGCAGAUUUAAUGCCUCGGCUGGUUUCCUAACCUCGGCUAUGAAACACCAGCCUCGGCAUUAAGUCUUGUACUUUUCUGCCUAGUAAAACAAAUAACUAUAUUAUCAUUUGUAGCAAUUGUUUUCCACAUUUUUGUAUUACUAAUUUAUAAAUCAAAAUAAAUAUAUCACAUGUAAAAAACAA